AUGCCAGACCUGCAUAAUAUUAUCCAGGAGAAUGAAGCUCCAAGCGUUUCGGCAGCCGACACUUCUUCCGGGUUGCCGGCGGUGGGAUUGAUCUCUGCACGGUUUGGAAAAAGCAAGUCAAGACACAGAUCCUUACAUUCUGCCUUGUAUCUACGUGUUUAUCUGGCAGCAUUAGCCUCAGUACUGGCAACAGUAAUUCUUAUUUUUUUCUGUUCGCGCGCGUAUGAAAGACGCACAGCCCUAGGCCUUGGAAAGCGUCGGCUGGCCGGCGCAGAAGACAGCGAUGCGCCGCUUGGCUUUUGCGGGAACACUGCUGAUGGAGACGAGCAGCAGCAUCAGGCCCCGCACCUGCAGAACUUACACGCCGGUGUAGGGUGGCAAUUGCCUGACGUUGGACUUGUCGCCCAAGUAGUUGAGGUGGGUGAUGAUGGCGAAGAAAGAGCUGUGCAGCAGCAGGAACAGCAAUAUCUUCGCCAUGACCCCCCUGUGGGACAAUCUGGGUUGACCGAAACUCAAGCAGCUCUGCAGCAGGAGCAGCUUGGUCACCCAUCAAUUCGGGCUUCAAGUCGAGAGAGAUCAACUCGAGAGCUCGAUGCAGCAAAUGGACUGCUGAAUCUCCUCUCUAACCAGAAUGCUGCUGACCCUUCUGCUUCUGGUACAAAUCAAACAGAUGCAGUCGAUGUACAAAUGGUUCGACGGGAGGUUCUCCGGCUGCAGCGGCACCAGCAGACGGAGGAGGGGCACCGCCAGCAGCUGCAGCGUCAGCUGCACCGGCUGCAACAGCGCCAACAGACGGAGGCGACGAACCGUCAACAGCUGCGCAGACUUCUGCUCUGGCUACAGAGCCGCCAGCGGGCAGAAAUGGGGCGCCAUAACCAGCAAAUGCGACAACUGCGCCGGCUGCAGCGGCAUCUGCAAGGGGAGAGGUGGCACCGUCACCAGUUACAGCGACAACUGCGCCGGUUGCAGCGGCAACAGCAAACCGACAAGCAGCAUCAACAGCAGCUAUAUCACCACCACCAGCAGCAGCAUGAUCAGCUCGUGCUGUUGCAGCAACAGCAGCACGUGCGUUGGCAGCAGCUAUUGCAACAACAGGCUUGGCUUCAACACCAGCAGCACCUGUUGAUGCAACAGCAGUAUCACCUGCCUGUGCUACAACUGCAAGGUGGGCAGUUCUUAAUUCAACCACAGCAGCAGCAGCCUGCUUUGCAACAGCAAGCGCAGCAGCAAUCUUUGCAACAACAGGUGCAGCAGCAAUCUUUGCAACAACAGGUGCAGCAGCAAUCUUUGCAACAACAGGUGCUGCAGCAAUCUGUGCAACAGCAGGGGCAGCAGCAAUCUGCGCAACAGCAGGGGCAGCAGCAAUCUGCGCAACAGCAGGGGCAGCAGCAAUCUGUGCAACAACAGGAGCAGAAAGAGUCUGUGCAGCAGGAGCAACAGACGUCUGUGCAACAACAGGAGCAACAAAAGUCUGCGCAGCCGCAGGAGCAGCAGCAAUCUGCGCAACCGCAGGAGCAGCAGCAAUCUGCGCGACCGCAAGAGCAGCAGCAAUCUCUACAACCGCAGCAGGAGAAGCAGCAAUCUUUGCAACUGCAGGAGCAGCAGCAAUCCGCUCAACAGGAGGAGGAGCAGCAAGAGGGGCAACCGAAAAGGAAGAAGCAAAAAUUGCAACAGGAAGAACAGCAGCAACAACUGCAACAGCAGGAUGAGGAGAAGCAAUUGCAGCAGCAAACACAGCAGCAAGUAUUGCAGCCGCAGCAGCAGCAGCAAGUAUUGCAGCCUCAACAACAGCAGCAACUACUGCAACAGCAACAACAACAGCAAGUGUCGCAGCCGCAGCAGCACCAGCCACCAUUGCAACAGCAACAACAGGAGCCACCGUUGCAGCAGCAACAACAGCAACAGCCACCGUUGCAACAGCAACGACAAAGCCAGCCUCCACUGCAACAGCAGCAACAGCAGCAGCCACCGUUGCAGCAGCAACAACAAGGCCAGCCACCAUUGCAAAAGCAACAACAGCAGCAGCCACCGUUGCAGCAGCAACAGCAGCAGCAGCCACCAUUGCAGCAGCAUCAACAAAGCCAGCCACCACUGCAACAGCAACAACAGCAGCAGCCACCGUUGCAGCAGCAACAACAAGACCAGCCACCAUUGCAAAAGCAACAACAGCAGCAGCCACCGUUGCAGCAGCAACAGCAGCAGCAGCCACCAUUGCAGCAGCAACAACAAAGCCAGCCACCACUGCAACAGCAACAACAGCAGCAGCCACCGUUGCAGCAGCAACAACAAGACCAGCCACCAUUGCAACAGCAACAACAGCAGCAGCCACCAUUGCAACAGCAACAACAGCAGCAGCCACCAUUGCAACAGCAGGUGCACCAGCCACCAUUGCAACAGCAGGUGCAGCAGCCACCGUUGCAGCAGCAACAACAGCAACAGCCACCAUUGCAAAAGCAACAACAGCAGCAGCCACCGUUGCAGCAGCAACAACAGCAACAGCCACCAUUGCAACAGCAGGUGCAGCAGCCACCAUUGCAGCAGCAACAACAACAGCAGACACCUUUGCAGCAGCAACAACAGCAGGAAUCAGUGCAACAGCAAAAACAGCAGCAAUCAGUGCAACAGCAUAGCCACCAGCAACUAUUGCAACAGCAGGAGCAGCAGCAACAAUUGCAACAGCAAGAGCUGCAUCAAUCAGUGCAACAGAAAGAGCAGCAACAACUCUUGCAGCAGCGUCCGGAGCAGCAGCCGCCGCCGCAGCAGCAGCAACAAUUGCAGCAGCAAAUGCAACAGCAACAAGUGCUGCAACAACAACAGCAGCAACAGCAGGGGCAACUACUGCAACCGCCUAAAGGGCAGCAACAAUUGCAACAGCUGGUGCAGCAGCAACUACUGCAGCCGCAAAGGGAGCCACCGCCAUUGCAACAGCUACGGCCGCAGCUAUGGCAACAGCAACAGCAGCAGCAACCAUUGCAACAGCAAAAGAAACAGCAAGAAUCGCAGCAGCAGGAGCAGCAGCAAAUACUGCAACGGCGGCGGCAACCAUUUACACAAUUGCAGCAGCGAAAGUUGUUGCCACUAUUGCCACAGCAGGCUAAGCAGCAACAGCAGGUGCAGCUAUUGCCACAGCAGCAUAAGCAGCAACUGUUGCAACAGCAAACGCAGCAGCCACUACUGCAACAGCAGCCUAAGCAGCAGCAACUAUUGCAACAGCAGGAGCAGCAGGGCGCUGCGAGUAAGGAGGGUCAAGGAGUGGCGGCACAGGCGGGAGUAAAACAGCAGCGCAGAGGACACACAAGGGGGCAAAAACAACAGAUACUGCCGUUGGCACCGAAGGAGCAGCAGACGCCACUGCUGAGGAUGCCCAGAAAUAUCUCAGGGUACUUUAUGGAAAGUGUGUGGAUUGUUCAGGACUCUUCAAGCACUGGGCCGCCUCAGGCCAGUACUUCACAACAGGUAAUGCAGCCUUCUGCUGCUGCUGCUAUUGCUGCUGCUGCUGCUGCUGCAGCAGCAGAAAAAGCAGCAUCAGGCCCCUCGACAUCCAAAUCUUCCAAGUUCCAGGUGACUCCGGAACAUGUACUAGCUCCCGCCGCAACAUCUACUGCUGUAGUUGCAAGGGCACUAAGGAAUGAAAAUGUUGUACUUCCUGCUGCAGUCGAUACAGCAGCAAGCGCAGCAGCAGCGCGUAAGUCUCCUAAUGCUGGAUCGCCCUCUGCUUCAUUGCCAGUAACCACAAAAGAUAUGGCCGUAGAGGCGCCGAUCCUUGCUAGUUUACUGACUAGUGGCAGCACUACAGGAGCACAGACAGCAGCAGAAGCAACACCAGCAGGUCCCUCCACAGCAGCAUCUGUAUCGCGAGUUGGAAUCACUCUCAUCCAGGAGAUGGGUUCAGCUCCUGAAGUUGUGAAAGAACACCCAUUUGUGCGUCUGCCACAGCGGAUGAAGGGGAAGGUUCCCAGUGGGCUCUUGGUUGACGUGAGGACCGCCGUUUCUCGGGUGGGCAGGAGGGAUGUCGCACCUCUACUUCAUAGGGCGCAUCACCUGCUGUCGAAAAGACAAUUGUCUCUACGUGAGAUUGGAGAUCUGUCGAAGGUAUCAGAAGAGCUGAUAUCCCACGCGAUUCAUUACCAAUAUUUUGACCUGUCAACGUAUUCAGCAGGCCGAGCAGUUGAGCGGUUGGGGUUGCGUUUCCUCCUUUUGGAUGUUGUGGUUUCCACCCUCCUUAUCUUGGGACAGGAAGUAGAGACUGAACAGUGGGAGCGUUUCACAGAUGCUAUUAGCCAUGAUGCUCCCCCAAUGACAACGUGGGUCAACCGCAGUGGGCAAUCCCAUUUCUACUCGUGUAGGGCUCAAGAACUCAGCAGGGCAAUACAAACACUCAAGCAGGGUUGGAGGCCGGAUCCCACAGACCUUAUGAAUAUCAAAAGGAUGCUCUUCUGCUCGGCAUUUUCUCCUGCACUCUUCAGGAGACGGGAUUUCGAUCACUGGAGGGAUGAUGACAGCAGUUCCACCACUGGUUCAUAG